AUGCUGCCGGCGUCUCUCUGGCACCGUGUGUUCCGCUGCCUAUUGCUGCCGCCCGGCUCCUCCCACCCCGACAACCCCCUUGCACGGGGCAGACGAAAGACGCCCUGGGACCUCACCGCCACAAUGCAGCCUCCAACGGGCAGAAACCUGCCCGUGAAACUUAUGGACCCUGACUUCUCAGCAGUCGGGCAGCACCGGAAGAAUGUGAAAAGCUAUGGCAGUGGGUGGGCGUUGCUGUGCUGUGCCAUGGCCAGCAAGAGGUUCCUUGAGCUCGUCCUCUCCUUCUCCGUGAGUGCUGUUGUGUUUUGCCCACCACCCAUCUCUCUGGUCUACAACAACCUGCAUCCUCACUGGGAGAAGAGCGUCGCCUUCUUCCUGCGCUGGCGCGGCCUCAGGUCCCUCGCCCUCACGUACACGCACGUCAUGCAGCUCGACACCCUCAACUCGAAGCGCAAGUGGCACUUCUCCUCCCUCACCUCGCUCAGCCUCAAGCUGCGCGGCUGCUUGGACUGCUCCCAGCUGUUUGACGACGUGAUAAAGGGCGAUCGGGAGGACGUGGAGCAGGAAUACUGGGACCGUCCCUUAAACUGCCCGGAUCUGCAGCGGCUGAAGCUGGGGCGGGGCAAGUGGGUUCUUGGGGACGGCUGGGCGGAUGAGUUCAAGGCUCUGCGCAGUUUGACUCUCAAGCACGUGGACUGGGAUUACGUGGAUGUCAUGUAUCUCGCCAAGCUCACACCACAGCUCACAGAAUUCACGCUUUAUGAGCGUUGGAUAUUGGAUAAACCGUCCUUGGGCCCUAGGGGAGGAGGCAGCAACAGGUACUGUUUCGACUUGUCAUCGGCUCGCGUUCUCCGCUUCUACUUCGCACAGAGCACCCUCACGCUCUUCCUCACCCUCUCCCGCUCCCUCAAGGCCUUCACAGCUGUGGCCAAACGGUUUGUCCUCUCCUGUAAUAGCGCCGAUCCGCUCCAUCUGGACCACCUCUCACUCUACGGCCAGAAGCGCCUUGUCAUCUCCCCCCUCCGCCUCGCAUCUGCACAAGUGGCCUACCUCAAUGGCCCUCCCAUCGACCGGCACUCCCGCGAUGAUGCCUGCUCGUCCUACUGGCACACCCCUGCGCCGUCCCCUGACUGGCAGAGCUCGCAUCGCCGCAGCUCCCUUGGAUUCUCCUGGGCUGCAUGGCUAGGUGCAUCUUUGCUCGCAGCACCUUCCACCUAG